UGAGUCAGUGGGGAAAUGAAGGAGGGAGGUGAGAGGAUAAAAGGAGCAAGCUGUGGAGCAACCAUCUACAUUGACAGCCGCACAGGAUCAGGAAGGAUGAUGGGUGGGACUCCGCUGUGGCUGCUGGCCUGUCUGGCCUUUGCCUCUGUGACUUCUCUGGUUGAUGGCGCUCCACUGAAGGUGAUGUCUGCCCCAAACAUGUUGCGUGUAGGAACAACAGAGAACAUCUUUGUGGAGUGUCAAGACUGUACAGGGGGAGACAUACAGGUUCACAUCAAGGUGAUGAACCAUCCAACCAAGCUCAUAACGCUGAAGACCACAAGUGUGACCCUUAACAGUGGAAAUCAAUUCCAGGCACUUGGACAAAUAAAGAUCCCCGCUGAAGGGUUUAGCAGGGAUCCCACCGUGAAGCAGUAUGUCUACCUGCAAGCUCAGUUUCCUGACCGCCUGCUGGAGAAAGUCGUCCUUGUGUCCUUCCAGUCCGGCUACAUCUUCAUCCAGACUGACAAGAGCCUCUACACCCCCAGCAGUAAAGUUCUUUACAGGAUGUUUGCAGUGACACCUCGUAUGGAGCCCAUUGAGAGGGAUGAAAACAAUCUUAAGGAUUCUUCCAUUGACAUUGAGAUUAUGACUCCUGAAGGAAUCACUUUACCUGUUGAUUCAGUCUCUCCACAAUCAGGAAUCCAUGCUGGCGAUUUCCAACUUGGUGAAGUUGUCAGUCCUGGAGUCUGGAAAGUGGUGGCCAAAUUCCACAAGAACCCACAGCAGAGCUACACUGCAGAGUUUGAGGUCAAGGAAUAUGUGCUGCCGAGUUUUGAGGUGAAGUUGAUGCCUGAGAGCUCCUUCUUCUAUAAAGACAGUCCAGAGCUCAAUGUCAACAUCAAAGCUACGUAUCUGUUUGGUGAAGAGGUAACUGGCACAGCAUACGUGGUAUUUGGGGUUGUGCUCGAGAGUCAGAAGAGGAGCUUUCCAAACGCUCUUCAGAGAGUAGCGAUGGAAAAAGGUGCUGGAGUGGCCAAACUGAAGAGGGAACACAUCACACAGACCUUCAAGAAUAUCGACCAGCUUGUGGGGAGUUCCAUAUUUGUUGCAGUCAGUGUGCUGACAGAGAGUGGUAGUGAAAUGGUGGAGGCAGAGGUGAGAGGCAUCCAGAUCGUUACAUCCCCCUACACCAUUCACUUCAAGAGAACGCCCAAAUAUUUCAAACCAGGAAUGUCCUUCGAUGUUUCGAUUGAAGUUGUGAAUCCAGAUGAAUCUCCAGCUAAAGGUGUUGCUGUGGUAGUGAGUCCAGGUGAUGUGAAGGGUUUGACUGCAGCUAAUGGCCUUGCAAAGCUUACCAUCAAUACAGAGGCAAGAGCAUCAGAUCUGAGAAUCACUGCAAAAACCAGUGAUCCUCGUAUUUUAGCGGAAAGACAAGCAUCAGCCACCAUGGUAGCUCUUCCAUAUAAAACUAAAAGCAACAGCUACAUCCACAUAGGUGUGGAUACAGCAGAGCUUGAGUUAGGAGACAAUCUGAAAAUCAACCUCAACUUGAACAGGCAGUCAAAUCAAGACACUGAUCUCACAUACCUGAUCCUGAGCAGAGGUCAAUUGAUCCAACAUGGCCGUUACAGGACAAAAGGACAAGUGCUGAUUUCCCUGAUCGUUCCCAUCACCAAAGACAUGCUGCCAUCAUUCCGCAUCAUAGCCUACUACCAUCCAAAUGACAAUGAAGUGGUAUCAGACUCUGUCUGGGUGGAUGUCACAGACUCCUGCAUGGGCUCGUUGAAGUUAGAACCAUCGAGACCUGCUGCAUCCUAUGAGCCUCGAAGGAUGUUUGGUCUGAAGGUUACUGGAGAUCCAGGAGCCACAGUUGGACUGGUGGCAGUUGACAAAGGAGUCUAUGUCCUGAAUAACAAGCACCGCCUCACCCAGAAAAAGGUGUGGGACAUCGUGGAGAAAUAUGACACAGGCUGCACCCCUGGUGGAGGAAAGGAUGGUUUGAAUGUGUUCUACGAUGCUGGGCUGUUGUUUGAGUCCAGCACAGCUUCUGGAACUCCUUACAGACAAGAACUAAAAUGUCCAGCCCCCAGCAAAAGGAAAAGAAGAAACACUAUUAUGGACGUCACAACCAGCUUAAUAAGUCAGUAUAAAACUGAUCUUCAACGUGAGUGUUGUUUUGAGGGCAUGAGGGAAACCAAGCUUUCAUACACCUGUGAGAUGCGCAGUGAGUACAUCACUGAUGGUGCAGAAUGUGUUCAGGCCUUCGUGCACUGUUGCAAUGAGAUGACAAACCAGCGAGCUGAGAAUAAAGAGGACCAACUCCUAAAUGCUCGCAGUGAGGUUGAAGACGACAGUUACAUGGACAGCAAUGAGAUAGUGUCUCGCACUCAGUUCCCUGAAAGUUGGCUGUGGACAGACAUCGUUCUGCCCUCUUGCAACUCACCCAGCUGUGCAUUCAACAAAAACGUUCCUUUACCAGACUCAAUCACAACCUGGCAGUUCACUGGCAUUAGUCUGUCAACAACCCAUGGAAUCUGUGUCAGUGAACCGUUGGAAGUGAUUGUCAGGAAGGACUUCUUCAUUGACCUUAGACUGCCCUACUCUGCUGUCCGUGGAGAGCAGCUAGAAAUUAAGGCAAUCCUCCACAACUACACCCCCGAUCUUAUCACUGUGCGUGUGGAUCUGUCUGAGACGGAUGAUGUGUGCAGUGCAGCAUCUAAACGUAGACGAUAUCGUCAGGAGGUCAGAGUCGGGCCCCUGACUACACGAUCAGUACCCUUCAUCAUUAUACCCAUGAAGGAUGGACAAUUCGACAUUGAGGUCAAAGCAGCUGUGAAGGACUCGUCGCUCAAUGAUGGAAUCAUGAAGAUGCUGCGGGUGGUGCCUGAAGGUGUACUAAUUAAGUCUCCACAGACUAUAAUUCUAGACCCCUCACACAAAGGUGCCGGAGGUAAACAAGAAGAAAUUCUCAAUAGUGGAAUUCCAAAGAAAGACUGGGUUCCUAACACACCUACAAGCACACAGAUCUCUGUGACAGGGAGUGAAGUUGGUCCAUUGGUGGAGAACGCCAUUAGUGGGAAAUUGAUGGGUUCAUUGAUCCAGCAGCCACGCGGCUGUGGAGAGCAGAACAUGAUCUACAUGACUCUACCUGUCAUCGCAACCAUGUAUUUGGACAAAACUAACCAGUGGGAAACUGUGGGCUUUCAGAAACGGAAUGAAGCCCUCCAGCAUAUCAAGACUGGCUACAAGAAUGAGCUUGCCUUCCGACAAAAAGAUGGAUCUUUUGCAACAUGGCCCAAGACCCAAGGCAGCUCCUGGCUCACAGCUUAUGUUGUCAAGGUGUUUGCCAUGUCCUCCAACCUGGUGGAACUGCAGAAGAAUGUGAUCUGUGACGCUGUCAAGUUUCUGAUUCUCAAUGCACAGCAACCUGAUGGCAUGUUCAGAGAAACUGGGAGGGUGAUCCAUGGAGAAAUGAUUGGUGAUGUGAAAGGCUUGGAUACAGAUGCCUCCAUGACAGCGUUCUGCCUCAUCGCCAUGCAGGAGUCACGCCAGCUAUGUGCUGACACAGUUGGUAGUCUGCCUGGAAGUAUUGACAAAGCCGUGGAAUACCUGAAGAGACGUUUGCCCAGCCUCACCAACCCAUAUGCUGUAGCCAUGUCAUCAUACGCCCUGGCCAACCAAAACCAACUGGACAAAGACAUCCUCUUCAAUUUUGCUUCCCCAGAGUUGUCCCACUGGAAUGUUCCUAAAGGACGUGUUUAUACAUUAGAGGCCACAGCUUAUGCUCUUCUUGCUCUGGUCAAGGCCAAGGCCUUUGAAGAUGCUAGACCUAUUGUGAAAUGGUUGAACAAACAGCAGAAGGAUGGUGGAGGCUAUGGCUCAACUCAGGCUACUAUAACAGUGUACCAGGCUGUAGCAGAAUACUGGUCGAAUGCUAAAGAACCAGAGUAUGAUCUGAACGUGGACAUCCAUUUGCCUGGCAGGGCCAAGCCAGAUAGGAUCAACUUCAACAGGAACAACCACCACACGACCAGAACAUCAAAAAUCAAUGAUAUAAACCAGGAUGUUAAAGUGACUGCGACAGGAACUGGAGAAGCAACACUGAAGAUGGUGUCACUGUAUUACGCUCUGCCGAAGGAAAAAGAGAGUGACUGUCAGAAGUUUAACUUGUCAGUGGAGCUUAUUCCAGAGAAAAUGGAUGAGAAUGAGGCGAUAUACAAACUGAGAAUAGAAGUCUUAUAUAAGAACAAGGAUCACGAUGCAACUAUGUCAAUCUUGGAUAUUGGCUUACUAACUGGCUUCACUGUCAACAAAAAUGACCUGGACUUGUUGGCCAAAGGACGCGCCCGUACCAUUGCAAAAUAUGAGAUGGACACAGUUCUGUCAGAGAGAGGUUCAUUGAUCAUCUACCUGGACAAGGUUUCUCACACACGAUCAGAGGAGAUCACUUUUAGGAUCCACCAGACUCUGAAAGUGGGCGUCAUGCAACCAGCGGCUGUGUCUGUCUAUGAAUAUUAUGACCAAACACAAUGUUUGAAAUUCUACCAUCCAGAGAGGAAAGCUGGGCAGCUGCUGAGGCUCUGUAGAAAUGAAGAAUGCACAUGUGCUGAAGAGAACUGCAGCAUGCAGAAGAAGGGUAAAAUCAGCAAUGAUUUACGCACAGCUAAACCCUGUGAGAGUACACCUACCAGCAAAAUUGAUUUUGUUUACAAAGUGAGAGUGGAAGACUUCACAGAUGGUUUGUCCACUGAUAUUUACACAAUGCGGAUAAUGGAAGUGAUCAAAGAAGGAAAUUAUGAUGUUGGUCCCCAGGGUAAACUACGUGCAUUCCUCAGUUACCCUCACUGCAGGGAGGCUUUAGAUCUGGGUAAAGGGAAAACGUAUCUCAUCAUGGGCACAUCAAAGGAUAUUCACAAGGACCAAUCGUAUCAGUAUGUGCUCGGUGAGAGAACCUGGAUCGAGUACUGGCCCACAGACGCAGAGUGUCAAAAGGAUGAACACAGGCCAACAUGUUUGGGCUUGGAGGAGAUGGUCACGCAGUACACUCUCUUUGGAUGUCCACUGUAGUACAACACCAGAAAAUCCACUGUCUUUGUUUCUUUUUCAUUUUUACAUAUGUUAUGCAAAACUUUAACUGUUAUAAAAUGUAACAGAUCAAAAGGUUACUCUGUGUGGAAUAAACUCUAAAGUCUUCA